GCUGGGUGGAGUCACCAGCAGGAGCAGCAGCAGCAGCUCCAGCCUUAUUCAGUGCGUGAGCUCAGCACUGAUUUUUGUGACUCCCUAUUCCGCUGUCGGAGAGGCCUUUGUCUGAGGAAAGUGGAAUGAAAACAGGCGACAUAUAGCAAUAUUUCUUACAUAUUUCAUCGCUUUAUAUCGAUAAGAAGAGCAAAUAUACGGGAGCAUGGGGGUCUAUGAGGAGAAAAAGGAAACAUGUGGAACCAUCUGCCUGAAAUACCUCCUGUUUAGUUUCAACUUUCUCUUCUGGUUGGCAGGGGGCGCCGUGAUGGCGGUGGGUGUUUGGACCUUGGUUGAGAAGAGCGACUACAUCAGCCUUCUCUCCUCUAAGACCUACGCCGCCUCCGCCUACAUACUGGUCCUGGCUGGGGCCAUCGUCAUGGUAACAGGCGUGCUGGGCUGCUGUGCCACCUUCAAGGAGCAGAGGAGGCUACUGCGAGUGUACUUUGUCCUGCUGCUGUGUAUCUUCCUGUUGGAGAUCCUGGCUGGCGUCCUGGCUUAUAUCUACUACCAGCAGUUGAAUGAGGAGCUGAAGCAGAACCUGAGAGAGACCAUGACCCAGAAGUAUAAACAGAGCAGCCAUGAGCCCAUCACCAGGGCUGUGGACAAGCUGCAGCAGGAGUUCAAGUGCUGUGGCAGCAACAGUUCCUCCGACUGGGAAGAGAGCGUCUGGAUUCGCUCCAGCGACGCAAAAAGCAGGAAGGUGCCUGACAGCUGCUGCAAGACGCUCACUGAUCUCUGCGGCCUCAGGGACCACCCAUCCAACAUCUACAAGGUGGAGGGUGGCUGCAUCACCAAACUGGAGAAAUUCAUCCUGGACCAUCUGAAGAUCAUCGGGGCGGUGGGUGUUGGCAUCGCCUGUGUACAGGUCAUAGGGAUGGUGUUUACGUGCUGCCUAUAUCGAAGUCUAAAGGCAGAGCCGUACUAGGAGAAGCAGCAGCAGAAGAAGAAGAAGAAGAAGAAGAGUGGGUGGGUGGGUGAGGGAGGCGACUUCAUCACCACAUGCCGUACUCAAAUAGCCCAUAGGUUCUUUUCUUUGCAACUUUGGCAAGCAAUCAAAUUUCACAUCUGAGGGUCUCAUUUUGGUAAACAAAGGGUGGAAAAACACUCCCAAGGUUUCUUGAAGUAAUUAGGCACUCAAACUGCAGCCUCAGCUACAUCUUCCAAGAUCACAGCGCUGUGAGGAAAAAAAAAAGCCUCCGAGAGAAACUGAUGGGGAAUUUCUAACGCAGACUGUGGAAAUUGGCGUGGGACAGACUCCUUGGGACUUAAACACUGUAGUUUUCUUCCACUCCUGU